CGAAGACAAGUGCUCGUUUUGAGAAAAAGCGGUGAUUGGUCGUCUCAACAAUCCAGGAAGAGAACGCUUUGGAAUCCCUGAACACAAUACCCCCGGCUUUCGCCUCGCUGCCAAUGGCGGAGCUUGUGGCCACAACGGCGUUCUCAUUGGUUCCCGUAGCGUUCUAGCCACGCCCCUUCUCUCCCUCCAGCGGGGAGGUUUGCAUUCCCGAAUGGGUUUGGUGCAGGCGAGCUGCGUAGCUGCGAGGGAUCCCGACUAUCUUACGCAACCGGCGUAGCGCUAUGUAUCUGUGUUGGUUGGUUGGGCCGGAUCAGGGGUGGGUAGGGGAGAAGGCGGGGUUGGACUCCUGCCUGGCUCAGGAUGGCCCUGGGCUUCGGGACUCCCUAGGCGGCUCCAGGGGGAGAGGCUUCCCCUGUCCCAAGCAGAUCUGGAUGGGGGCGCCCUUGUCACCAUGGAGGGGGUGCUGUACAAGUGGACCAACUAUCUGAGCGGCUGGCAGCCUCGGUGGUUCCUUCUUGCAGGAGGUGUGUUAUCCUACUAUGACUCACGGGAAGAUGCUUGGAAAGGCUGUAAGGGAAGCAUCCAAAUGGCAGUAUGUGAAAUUCAAGUUCACCCAACAGAUAACACACGAGUGGAUUUGAUUAUUCCUGGAGAACAGUGCUUCUAUCUGAAAUCCAAAAAUGCAGCUGAUAGACAAAAGUGGUUGGUUGCCCUAGGAACUGCCAAGGCCUGUCUGACGGACAUCCGGACCCUCAAAGAAAAAGAGUUUUCAGAAAACACGGAUGCCUUGAAAACGAAAAUGGCAGAACUUCGGUUGUAUUGUGACCUCCUCGUUCAGCAAGCAGAAAAAACAAAGAAUGGAGUCGAUACGGGAGCACUGUUGAGAACCACCUGUACUACAUUCCUGAAGACCCUUGAUGAAUGUAUGCAAAUUGCAAAUGUGGCCUUCUCUUCUGAGCUGCUUUAUCAGCCACCCUCUGGAUCUUCACAUUCAUCUUUCUACAAAUUAAACAAGCUCAAACUUCCCAGCAUAUUUAGCCGCAGCGUAGCAGAAAGGCAGAUGGAACUUAAAAAUACUGAAAAUGGAUAUAUAUAUGCAAAUGCCAACCUUCCUGAGAAAACCCCUGUACCCCUAAAAACUGGUGAGCAGGACCAUGAAAAACAUAUUACAGAUGAUAGCAAAAAGGAUGGAAAAGACAAGCUGCUGCCAAAAAUACCAGAUCGAGACAACAAAUCUGUAGAACUUGCAUCGGAUUCCACAGGCAAAUCAACACCCCCAGGCGAGGAAACAAACAAGGAUUUAAUGACGUUCUUCAGUGCUAUGAGCAUCAGAUUUAGUGAUAUUGAGCUUUCUGAAGAUGGAGGAAUACCAACAGAAGAAUUUUUGCGAUCUUGUUAUGAAAUAGUUCCGGUCCUGGAUAAACUCGGAUCCACAGUCUUUGCUCCUGUUAAAAUGGAUUUUGAAGGAAACAUCAAGAAAAUCAAUCAGAAAUACAUAACCAGCAAAGAUGACUUCAAUACCCUUCAGAAACUCAUCCUACAUGAAGUGAACUCUGGAGACUCGCAAAUUCGUAACUCUGCCACAGAGGCCCUCAUGUGGCUGAAAAGGGGCUUGAAAUUUUUGAAAGAGUUUUUGACAGAGCUAAAGAAUGGAGAAAAGAACAUUCAGACAGCACUAAAUCAUGCUUAUGGCAGAACGUUAAGGCAGUACCACGGCUGGGUUGUCCGAGGAGUUUUUGCGCUAGCACUGAGGGCAUCCCCCACCUAUGAAGGCUUUGCGUUGGCACUAUCGAUUGGAGAACGUAAAUAUCAGGAAGACACUUUUUAUAAUAGCAUGCAAAGGGACCUUGACAUCUACCUACCCGCUAUGGAAAAACAGCUCAGCAUCUUGGAUGCACUGUAUGAAGAACAUGGGCUGGAAUCCAAUGAAGUGGUGUGACCACCAGCCAAAACAGUGCCUCUCAAAUUCAGGGAUUGUGACUGUUAACAUAGCUUUUUUUCCCAGAAGUCCAUUCUGUUUCUGUGUGUGUUUUUCCAUACUUGAGAAGGGACACAAAACUUCCUUUUUUUACAUGUUUUUUUUAAAAUGCUUGUUUAUGUUUAACUGCAAAGGUGCUAUAUAUUCUGGCAACAUUUUUUCUACCUUCAUAGAAAAUACUUUUAGCCAGAUAUAGUGAUAUUUACUAUGUGGCAACCAAUUUGCUGAACAAGCACAGAGUUUAGUACCAUUGUGCUGAAUUGCUUAGAGCAUCUCUGUACCAGAGCUGCAGAGAGUUACUUUUGGGGGCCACAAUUUCCAGGAUCUCCAAUCCAGGUGGCCAGGGGCUUCGCUUGCUAGGGAUUUUGGGAGUUUGGGGCCAGAAUUCACUUAAGGACAUUUGCACAUGUAAAUAUUGCUUACAUAUUUAGAAGUGCUUUUUGAGGCACUGUUGGGGCUAGUACUUCCUUUCUCUCCAUACAACACCUAAAAUUCCCUUCCCAACUUACUGCAAGAUCUUAAAGCUGUCAUUCAUUCUUCGGCAGGAUCGGAAAGCAUGUGUCAAUAAAGACAGACACACAAUAAUUACAGAAGGACUAAAACUUCCAAGGACCUCCCCCAAGUUCUCAGCACUGGCGUCAUCAUUCUGCACCUUGCUAUGCAUUCUUCAUCUGGAUAUCCAAUCCUGCCUGCUCAUUUUGAAGUGUGCAGUGGCUGUGCAAUGUGAUUUCAGGGCUUUUCCAUAAACUAAUCUAUGGCUCAGGGUAAUGUGGAUAUUCACACUACUCUGAGGGGAUAUUGACUUGCUCUGUACAUAAUUUAAGCUUGCUCUGUGAUGGUCAGAAAGUUCGUGAUUUAGACCAGCAAGUGGAGAAUUCAGUUUUGCAACUCAAAAUCCAGCCAGUAUUUGAAGGCCUCAUAUCUUAUGCAAUUCAGUGACUAAGUCUUCCUCAAAAGCAGAAUCUAGAGAUUAUUAUCACAACUACCUAUAUGCAUCAUUCCUAUUUUUGUUAUUCUAAAUCUAGCUGAUCUUCCUAAUUAGAGCAGACCCCUUGAAUGUUGAUUUGCCAGUCUGAAGUUGAUUCAAUGGGUUUACUAAGGAGCCAUGGUAGCGCAGUGAGUUAAACCCUUGUGCCAGGUUCAGCAGUUUGAAUCCACGAGACUGGGUGAGCUCCCAUCUGUCAGCUCCAUCUUUCCAUGCGGGGACAUGAGAGAAGCCUCCCUCAGAAUGGUAACACUUCCGAGCGUCCCCUGGGCAACGUCCUUGCAGACGGCCAAUUCGGUUGCACCAAAAGCAACUUGCAGUUUCUCAAGUCACUUCUGACACACAAAAAGGGUUUACUCUAGCUGCAACUAGAAGUUGGAAUUAAGUCCAAAUGUUGAAAGUGUUGGCUAUAUUUAUCUGCAGUGAGUUUACUUCAGUUUUUAGUAGCUGAAGAUCUGUCCUAUUUUCUAGCUUGGAUUUGCUCUGGCCUCUUGCUUACCCAUUGAUAAUGCAUAUAGAUUAGCAAGAAGGCAGGGACAUAAUUUGCCAUGUGAUGUAUGGAAUCAUAAGCAAUAGGAGAAUGUGCCUGUCUGUCCCAGAAUAGUUCAGUGAAGAUUAUCCUAAACUCUCUGAAGUUAAUUUGGUUUGCAAUCAAUAGAAAUAAUGUUCAAGUUGAAAGGCUCCAUGACUGCAACAUUUAUCAUAUUAGUGGAGAUUUGACUAUAUCCUUUAUCAUUUACCAUGCUGGUUGAAACAGAUGAGAGCUGUUUUAUGUGCUUGUAGACCGUGUCUGAAACGCAAACAGUCCUUUGCCUUAUAGAGUCCAUCUAUACCUCUCUCCACAUUUGAUUGUCAAAGACUAAAUUGAGAACAAAAGUUUUGCUGUGAUCUACUAUAGCUGAAAGUCCAAAAGUGAUUAAAUAUCACUGGGCUGUUUCUUCCUACUAUUUGAAAGUAUAGCAGGUGUGUUUAACUAAACCUUAGGGCAGUGGUUCACAAUGUUUGAUCCUCCAGGUGUUUUGGACUUCACAGUUCCUAACAGUUGAUAACCUGGCUGGGAUUUCUAGGAGUUGAAGUCCAAAACAGCUGGAGGUCCAAAGGUUGGGACCACAGUCUUAGGUUGAACAGAUCUCAGUAAAGCGACACAUCAGAAUUCAGCUCUGCUUGAAAGGUGAGUAACCAGUAUAUGAAACAGGGACAAGUGAAUCCAGAAUUUGUCUUUUGCCAUAGUAAAGUUGUGAGGAGGACUUGCAUUCAGAAGACUAGUGUGUCAUCUUCAGCAGGGCUUCAUACCAAUAUAUUGAUAUUGCCAAAAGCGGGGCAGUCUUUGCUGCCACUUUCUUUUCCCUCGCCAAAACAUUGCCAUUGUACUCUUUCUUUCUCCAUUCUACUGCGUCUUCUGUCUGAUUUUCCUUUAUUCUGUCCUUGAUUCUGAUUAACGCUUUGCUUUAUGUAAAUAGGAGUUGGCUGUUGUAUAUGGAGAAAUGUGGAGGCUUGGGAGAAGAUUAUUCCAGAUAGGAGAAUGUUGGAAGCUGUAAUAAACAAUGCUGGAUAAUCA